AUGGCAGUGGUGAGUACCUCUUCGGCUCUCCGCCUCCUGCCUCUCCUCCUCCCCAUUGCCAUCAUAUGGCCAGCCGCUAUUCCGGUUGGAGCUCGUGAGAAGCUCGAUCAGGGCGGGAAGAUGCCCACUUGUGUGACGGUCGGUCAGGACGGGAAGGUGCACUUGUGUGCUACGAUCAACCAAACAAUAUCUCCUACAGCUGAAAGUCCCAUGCCUCCACCCCCGCCCAAGGUAACACCUACGACCCAAAGUAUUGUGCCUGCACCAACAGCCAAUGUAACACCUACGGCCCCAAGUGCUCUGCCUGCAACUAUUGGCCCAACAAGCAUGAAAGUGAAAUCCUCUUCUAUAAGAAGAGUUGUUGCAAUUUUAGCUCCUGUAGGCGGCUUCACUUUUCUUUCCAUCUUGUUCCUCAUCACUUACUUUAUACGUAAACGAAGAACACAACGACAUCAUGAGAUGGAGGAGGAAGAGUUUGGGGAGCUACAAGCAACACCAAUGAGGUUCACAUUUCAACAGUUAAAAGCAGCAACCGAGCAAUUCGCAAACAAGCUCGGGGAAGGAGGAUUUGGAUCUGUUUUCAAGGGACAGAUAGCUGAUGAAAGGAUUGCAGUAAAACGUUUAGAUCGAGCGGGUCAGGGCAAAAGGGAAUUUUCUGCAGAGGUUCAGACAAUUGGCAGCAUUCAUCAUAUUAAUCUGGUGAGAUUAAUUGGUUUCUGUGCAGAGAAAUCGCAUAGGCUCUUGGUAUAUGAGUACAUGCCAAAAGGAUCCUUGGAUAGAUGGAUCUAUCAUCGACAUGACAAUGAUUCACCCCCCCUGAAUUGGAGCACGCGGUACAAGAUUAUCACUCACAUAGCAAAGGGUCUUGCUUAUCUUCAUGAGGAGUGCAUGAAAAAGAUUGCCCAUUUGGAUGUCAAACCACAAAACAUCCUCUUAGAUGAUAACUUCAAUGCUAAACUUUCUGAUUUUGGACUAUGCAAGCUCAUUGACAGGGAUAUGAGUCAAGUGUUUACCAGAAUGAGGGGCACACCUGGAUAUUUAGCUCCCGAAUGGUUGACAUCACAGAUCACGGAAAAGGCCGAUGUCUAUAGCUUUGGUGUUGUGGUCAUGGAAGUCAUCAGCGGAAGAAAGAACCUCGACAAUUCUAGAUCCGAAGAGAGCAUCCAUCUCAUCACCCAAUUGGAGGAAAAGAUUGAUUGCAAAAGAAGGCCUAAAAUGUCCGAGGUAGUCAAGGUCUUGGAGGGUGCCAUGAAUGCAGAGAGCAACAUUGAUCAUAACUUUGUUGCAACAAAUCAAGUGUAUUUCGGCGCUGCUGGAAAUGUGGUCUCAUCGGUUCCACCUCUAGCUUCACAUGUAUCAGGUCCCAGGUGAAAUGAGAAAAUCUUGACAAGAUAGACAAUUAGAUUACAAGCAGGACAUGCGAUGUUCUUAUGUAAAGCAAAUGACAAGUCUGUUGUAUCUCCUUAAAUUAUUAUAA